GAUACGGUUCGACACAGUGGUAAUUUCAUUUAUCAUUAAUCAGUCAUUUCUACUACCGCUCGCUUACUGAUAAUUGUAUUUCAGCGUCGUGUCAGGUGAGCACUAGUGAGGAUGACGAUGCCGCAUGUAGGGGCAGUAUUUGGAGCAAUAGCAGGAGUGAUGGCCAUCUUGUUGCACUCCUCGAUUCAUAAGAUUGAGGAAGGACACCUUGCCGUGUACUACAGGGGUGGGGCGUUGCUGACUUCUCCCAACGGUCCUGGAUACCACAUUAUGCUGCCUUUCAUUACCACCUACAGAUCAGUGCAGACUACUCUCCAAACUGAUGAGAUCAAGAAUGUGCCUUGUGGAACAAGUGGCGGUGUGAUGAUCUACUUUGACAGAAUAGAAGUUGUUAACAUGCUGGUCCCUACAGCAGUGGUGGAAAUUGUGAGGAACUACACAGCUGAUUAUGACAAAACUCUAAUUUUCAACAAGAUUCACCAUGAACUCAACCAGUUCUGCAGUGUACACACACUACAAGAGGUCUACAUUGAGUUGUUUGAUAUUAUAGAUGAAAACCUGAAGACUGCUUUGCAGAAAGAUCUUAAUGCUAUGGCACCUGGACUUACAAUACAGGCAGUCCGUGUUACCAAGCCAAAGAUCCCUGAAUCUAUCAGGAGGAACUUUGAACUCAUGGAAGCAGAGAAGACUCGUCUUUUAAUAACAGCUCAGACUCAGAGGGUGGUGGAAAAGGAAGCCGAGACUGAAAGGAAGAGGGCCAUUAUUGAGGCUCAGAAAGUGGCCCAGGUAGCAGAGAUUCAGUUCCAACAGAAGGUGAUGGAGAAAGAGACGGAGAAGAGGAUCUCUGAAAUAGAGGAUGCUGCCUUCAUGGCGAGGGAGAAGGCUCGGGCUGAUGCAGAAUAUUACACUGCUGCGAAGUUCGCUGAAGCAAACAUGUUGAAGUUAACCCCAGAGUACCUGGAGCUGAUGAAGUACCAGGCCAUAGCAGCUAACAGUAAGAUCUACUUUGGCCAGGACAUCCCGAACAUGUUUGUAGAGGGAACCACCAGCCCCCCUAAGUCUGGGCGCUCUGCUCAUCUGUCCAAUACUCAACCAGACUUGGUUAGAGGGAAGCCAGAGGGACAGUGAGCCCACAUCUCUGCCUCUGCACAGGACAGGGGAACCUGAUGGGGACUGUCUGUGAGGUGGAGAGCACUGAACUGAAGAUGAAGGGUGGGAUAGCUUUGCGGCUAGUUUGGUGAAUAAUGCACUUCACUCUUAAAUCUAAAUGGCAAAGAAACAGUGGAAAAAUUAAAGGACAAGCAGAAGUGAGAGCGGGGAAAGGCAAGACAAAAGGGAAAGUUUUUUUUACCUUCCACUCUUUGGGGGAAUACGAGUUUUAGGAAUGAGAAUGAUGCCAUAGUUAAAAAUCAAAAGCAUAAUAAAUGCUUAUGCCUGGGAAGACGACUGCAAGUAGUCGCCUUAAUUUACAUGUGCUUGCAACCAGUGCGUUGUUUAACUUUGCUGUCGGAUCUGCAUUAAUUUUGUUUGUUGUAUGCAAGAGGAGUGAUUUGAGAAUUAAUUUCUAGUUGAGCUGAACUGGAAUCUAACAGGAGACACUAAUUAAUUAAAAGCGGUAUGGUUUGUGUAAGUGUGUAACGUGGGUAGGUCAUCUCCGUGCCAUCUUCUCUUCCACUAAAUCACUAGUUCUCUCUCAACAUGAGUCAGUGUGAGGACUGUUGAGUCACACCUCAUAUCAAUUGCUGCUUGUGGAUGAACUAAACAUAGUUAUGACAGGUUACAUAGUAGUGAGCAUUACACAUUGGUCGUUCACAGCAUUUCCAGCUGGUUGAAAUCAUCAAUCAUUACAAAGGAGUUGUGAAUUUUUUUUUUUUUUUAAAGGAUAACGUCCUUGAGACAAGUGGCCUGUUAAAUUUUCACCUGAGAUUGCAUAAAGUUAAACACAAACCUACAGACACUGGAGUAUCUGAUGUUGGAGGGCUGUCUUUGUGAUCACAGUUUCUAUAGUUAAUAUAAAGUGGUGUCAGGUUGGUGGUAGUGUAGAUUAUUUUUAGCGUGGUGAUAGUUUGCUGUUAGUAGUUGUGGGUGCGAGUGCAGCCGCCUCAGGAAGACUUGAGAUGCUGCAGAGACCUGCUGUGGCGUUUACUGUGAGAAGAAAAGGUUCUAGUGCUGCCCAUAGAAAAUCUGAUUUUCUCCUCUUAAAGUGAAUUUAAGUUAUUUAAUAUGGGAGCGUAACAGUAAAGCAGUAUAAUGAUGGUGCCACGGGGGAAGUCAUGAUUUGGAUUCCUUGUCAAGAAGUCAGCACAUCUUUCUUUCUUCCAUCUGGUUUUGAUUAUUAGGCCCAUGCAUGUGGAAGUGUGUAGUGGCUUGAUUCAGAUGAUCAGUAGUGCCUGCGAUUGCCUGCCAACUCUGUUGUUACACAACUUAUUUGGAUGUGGUAAAAUGUAAAUUCUCAGGAAAUUUGCCUUUUCAUUUGAUUAAAACAGCUGCUCAGUAGAGUGCUGCAGGGAUGACUCCUAAAACCCAGGAGUGAGAUAGCAUUUAGCACCUCCAGUUCCCUCGUCUUGAAGUCAAGAGUUUUUUUUCGUGGUGGUGGUGGUGGUUGGGUCAAAUGCCUGAAACAAGGUCUGUGGUUAAUUCGAACUAACAUGGUUUCACAUUUUGUUCUAAGACAUGAAAUACGUCAGUAAACAGCUGUUACAUGUCUUAAAAAAUGGAUUCGUUAGCAUGUGACUAAAUAAGACUACAGAACGUCAUCACACCAAACACGGCUUUACAGCCUUGCGGUGGUAGUGAUGAUGAGGUCAUAGCCUAACUUGAGCUUUUUACUUCUGGCGAUUGCAAUUAUGCUUCAAAAAUCAUGAAACCGUGUUCAUUUAUGAGGAUUAUCUUGCCGCACAAGACAUGUGAGUAUCAUAAACAGUUGUUUGCCACAGAGCUUAUUUCAUACAAUAAUCCAACUGAAAAAUCCCAGUAGCUUUGUGAUGAGGGAACCAGGGCGAUUCUAACUUCCAGGCUGGCCUACAAAUAAACAUCAUCCCUGCAGCACACUGUUGAACAGAGCGUAUGCCCUUAAAAGUCAGAAUCAAAAAUUGUGCCAGAAAAAACAAAAGUUCUUCUGGUGACACACCAAUGGAAACAGUGAAAAGAAAAUAACUAUUUGACUAAAAAAUAAGCAAAGCAAUGAUUUAAUUUCACUAGAAUGAAACUUUGUGUCUUCUGGAAAUACUUAAGGUGACAUUUUUAGUGCGCCGUAACCAUUGUGUUGCACCAUCUAUCUACAGUGGGUGUCUGUGACAUUGAAUAUUAUGAGCAUGUCGGUCUGUCAGAAUAAUAUGAAGUUCCUUUCCACAGUCAAUGUUUACAUUUUUCUGUAAUUAAAGAAUUGAUCGACGGCAAAGUUUUUAGUCUGGCAACACACAGCUCCUAAAUACAGCGGUGACUUACUGUUAAGUGAGAAUUUUGUUUAACCUUUGAUGAGUUUUGUGUGAUGAUAUGAAUUCCAGUACAACACAACAACAAGCUUUGCUCUGAUUAAAGAAUGAAUGUUGAUCGAGCUUGGGCUUAAAUAAGAUGCAAGUUGGUGCUAGUUUUUAUUGUGUUUAAGCUUUUGUAUUUUGUUUGGCUCUACUAUAUGAUACUUCCACUAUUCAAAAUGCAAGCCUUAAAUAAUAAUGGGUCACCCCAGACUUAAAGAUUCAGUGAUUCUAAUAAACUUAAAAGCUCCAUUUGAACUUAACUGUGAGACUAUUUAAGAGCUUGUUUGUACAUACUGAACUGUACCGCCUCAUCAUAGACUCUAGCUGAGAAAGACAGAAUGAGCAGUGGACACUGAGUGUUUGGAAGAUGUUGUGACGUUUACUUGACCUAUGAAUGACAGUGAAAGGCUGCACUCGGCAAUUGCUUUGGUGGUGGGCUCAAAUAAAGAUGCAAAGAGGGGUAUGAAUCACUCAUGAAAAUGAUUUUUUUUUUUGUCGAUAUUUUGUACAAUCUGUGAAAUUUAAACAUUGUCUCCUUGUUUUAAAAGGUUUAUAUGCAAAAAUGUUUUCAAGUUUUGACAAUGUUCUUAUGUAAAAUAAAACCUAUUUUGGUAUCUCUCUUC